AUGGCGGCGCUUUCCGCUAAAGAAAAGUUCAUCGCGAGCGUCGCUCAAACCCUCAACUCAAGAGAGAUUCCCUGCAUUCUGUGGGCCACUGCCUUCUCCACGUCCAUGGCGUGCCCACCAUCGUCUCUCCCACCGGGCGAGCUUCCACCACACUUUGUCCUCGCAGCAGAUCACACGGCACUCCCACCCUGGCGGCCAGGUCGUGGAACUGGCUACCUCAAAUUCCGCACACCUCCGGUCGUUGUUCCCAGGUCUCAUGUGUUACUCGAAGCCUAUAUGCGAAUUUACGCCCGGGACUUUGGCAAAUGGAUUGGAGGUAACACACUUUGCAUGAUCUGCUACAUGAUUGAGUAUGUCGACAACGACGGGUAUUUGGAUGUGGACCAGCUUCCGGAACCGCUCCGGACAUUGUACUUGGAGCUCAGAGACGAGAAAACGCCGACGCGCCCGUGGUCGGAGAACUUAAGGGCCGCGCUUGGAGUAUCUGAUUGA